ACCCGCAUGUUUUCAGCGUCUUUUGGGGGACACUAGCAGAAGAGCUUUUCCUUAGCAAAUUUCUUCUUGAAGCCAGAGCGGAAAAUAAAAAUCGCAUACAGCCCUAUUUCCGGAGGACCGAGACUGCGACGAACAAUCAGGAAGCGACCGGGCCGGGAGCUGUCCCAGUUCUCAGCUUGCUCUCUAGGGCGCGUCCCGGGGUUCCUUAACACUGUGUUCCUCUGCCCGCCGUGGUCCGUAUCUCGACCUAGGCUCCAGCCCGGACCAAUCACUCUGGGGCCGCCAUGUCGUCCGACUUCGAAGGCUACGAGCAGGACUUCGCGGUGCUCACUGCAGAGAUCACCAACAAGAUUGCGAGGGUCCCCCGACUCCCGCCUGAUGAGAAGAAGCAGAUGGUUGCAAAUGUGGAGAAACAGCUCGAAGAAGCGAAAGAGCUGCUUGAACAGAUGGACUUGGAAGUCCGAGAGAUACCACCCCAAAGCCGAGGAAUGUACAGCAGCAGAAUGAGAAGCUACAAGCAAGAAAUGGGAAAACUUGAAACAGAUUUUAAAAGGUCACGGAUCGCCUACAGUGACGAAGUACGGAAUGAGCUCCUAGGGGAUGAUGGGAAUUCCUCAGAGAACCAGUUGAUAAAAUUACGUGAAGAGAGGGCACAUCUGCUCGAUAACACAGGGAGGCUGGAAAGGGCAUCUCGGAGACUAGAGGCUGGAUACCAAAUAGCAGUGGAAACUGAGCAAAUUGGCCAGGAGAUGUUGGAAAACCUCAGUCAUGACAGAGAAAAGAUACAGCGAGCACGUGAAAGACUUCGAGAAACAGAUGCUAACUUGGGGAAAAGCUCCAGGGUUCUGACAGGGAUGUUGCGAAGGUCUAUGGGCAUUUGUAACAAAGGACCGCCAUCACUGGCUGGCUCUGUGCUUGGGCCAGGACUAGAACUAAUCUGUCCUGCAAUGUAGCUUCUCGUUGGAAGUUGUCACACUCAGUAACCAUUAACUAUUAACAACAACCCCUCGACUCAUGUUUCUGAGCCAGUUCACAUCCUCCCAAGCUGGUCAGCGCCCUGUUACAUGUAUUCACAUCAGGAAGAGAUUUUUCAUACCUACCCCUCUCUGCUUGUGGAAAGUCAGAAUCUCCUGACGUCUGACUUUAAACUCUGCGUGGCAAACCCAAGUUUCAUGAACUUACCACCACAGUGAAACAUGCUUCUGCUGCCUCUCAGUUUUCUCCCUCAAGAGAGCAUUCUCUUAAAAAUAAAAAAUAAGACUUCUGUUAUACACAUUUUAAAAUCAAGUUAUUUCAGAAAUAAUAAAAAUAGGAUAUAAUAUAAUGAACAUCUUUCUUCCCAGCACAUGCUUAAGAAUUAAUAUUUUACAAAUUCAAAGAGGCCCCCUUUCAACCUCAGGAGACAUUUGUAAGACCAGGUCUGCAGCACCAUGAAAAAAAAAUUCAAAUAAAAUACUGGGACAUGCCCUGUAAGAGAACGUCCCUCAUGGAGGAAGAAUACACUGGAUUGAAUUUUUUUAUAUUCCACAUAUCUGAAUCCUAAGAAAUUGCCAGUAGUUCAUUAUUUUCAAUCUUCAAAAGUGAUAGGUGUAUAUGGUCAGCCUUAUAGCAGGGAGACCAGUGUCUGUGAUACAUUAUAGUGUGUGUGUGUGUGUGUGUGUGUGUGUGUGUGUGUGUGUGUGGUCAAGAUCUUACUAGAAGCCAGCCACAUUGCGCAGGCUGCCACUUCACAUAACAUCUUAUUUCAUCCCCACAAGAAACCAUGAGAUAUGCAGGGGCAAAUCCAAGUUUUGUAGAACCUGUCACUUACGCAGUUUGAGUACCUUGCUGAGGAGAGGUUAAAUUCAAAAUUAGUUAUAAAAGCUAAUGUUUGUUUAGGUGAUGGCAAGAGAGUACAACAAAAUUUUCGAAACAAGCAAAUACUGCAAACCCCACAAAAGUCCAGACAAAUCACAUAGUUUUAUUAACUAACUGCUUGACACAUUUACAAUACUUUUUUUCUCUAUAUUUUUGACUACAUAUUGUUUGGUCAUUUCUUUAUAUACUAAGUAUUUCGUAAUAUUUCUACAGAGAGAAGAGAAAAAUACUUCACUCUUUCCUCUAACAUAGUUGAGUAAAACUUAGGUUUUUUUUUUAAAUUAUUGAGAGUAUUUUAAAGAUGGUUUUUGCUUCAUAGUUCAAUAUUAGUAAUACGAUAUACAUUUUUAAGAUGGUUGUCAAAUGAAAACAUCUCUCACUUCCAUUAUCCAGAUAUGAGCUAUAGAAUUUGGAAUUUUUUCCACUGACAGCUUCUGGCUCCAUACAUUUUUCUCUCUUCCUACCAUAUACCUUUAGUGCCAUGUGCUGUAAGACAUGUUCAUAUCACAUUUUGACUUACGGCCCUGCCCCUUCAUGUCCCAAUAUUAGGUGAAUUGGUCAUUUCCAGGCCAGGACAGCUAGCAGUAAUUUACCAAACAUGGAAGUGACUGUGAAACAUGUAAACAUAUCCCACUACAUCCAAAGUAAGUUAUUCCUAACUCCACUUCCCCUUAGCUAGAUCCCAAAAAUGCCCACAGCCACCUCCAAUGUUACCCAACGCAAGAGAGAAUCUAAGCAGAAAGACACAGUAGUCUUACUGGAUUGCAGUUAGUAUAUCUUAUUUCUACAAAUUGUGCAAGGUAUUUGACCAAGGGAACACAUUUCUAGAGCCUUGGAAAGAGCCCAAACAAGUGAGUGACAGACCCUGAAGGCCAUAGGGAGAGGCUGCAUUCAGUUCCUAGGAAACUUGCCCAAGGUCACUCAUGAAGCAAGUGACAGGGCUGGGAUUUGAACCCAUUGUUCAGAGACCUAACUCUUAUCUACUAAAUUAUGUUCAUUCACAUCUUAUUUUACAAAACCUUUCCCUUCCAUAUCCCGACUUAGUGUUCAGCAUAUAGCCAUUGGUCAAUAUUUGCAACACAAAAAAUACAGGCAUCCAAAUCUCAAAACAGAUUUGCUAUAUUCUUAACCACCCUUGGGCCAACUUCUUUUAAGACUCUGGAAUUUAACUUCUGUUUGAAAUAAAUGUUAUCAUGACGUAGAAUUUCAGAUACCUCUGUAUUAAGCAAAACUCACUACGUCUAUUCCACCCGUGCUCUCAAAAUCAUGUUGCUCCUCACCCAGUAGGACUAUUUCUCAGGCUGCCCCACGGGUUGAUAACUAUAGUGCAAUGCUGUUACAUUUACUCCGGUGUCCGAAGAGCCAUCCGCGAGAAAUGGUGGGACAGUCUUUACUAGAAGGGGGCCAGCCAGCAGGGCGCUGCUCUCGAUGCCCCGGCACCUGGAGAAGAAAGGCUCUGUGAUAAAUCCUCCAAUGUCUGCAGGCCUCAGUUGUGUGCGUGGAUGGAAAUCCCUCUCAGAACAAGCGUGUUUGCCAAAUCAGGGGGUGAAGAGCCUUGCAAGUCCACUUGUUACAGAAGAAAGACAGGAUAAGGGAAGCGGCAGAAGCAGUGAUAGGAAAGGAGUUUUUCACACUAACAAGCGUGAACUGAUAAGCCUGGCCUGUAAGGCAAAUGUUGAGGGUCCUAAGUACACCUCUCAGGCCAAAAUUAGCUGAGCAAAUUUGAUUUGGCUUUCCAUUUUUUAAUGGAAAAAAAUUCCUAGAGAGAAAGAAAAAACUCGGUGUUUAUUUCAAUCAUGAAUCAGAUUUGACUGCAUCUCUGCUAGGUUUCCCUACUAAGUCAACGGAGUCACUCUCUACUAUGCCUCAAGUAUUAGGAAUGACAUGGUUAAAAUAUAAUAGUAAUGUAUUAGGCCUUACUAUGCUCCAGUCCCUGGGCUGAGGGUGUUUACAUUGCUUAUUACUUUAAUCUUCAUAAAAUCCCUGCGAGGCUAUUUCAGUUUACAGGUGAAGGAAUCAAGGCUCCGAGAGAUUCAAUCACUUACCCAUCCCGGCCCCACAGCCCACCAGUGGUGGAGGCCAGAUUUGAACCCAGGCAGCAGACUUGCAGCCUGCACUCUCAUCUCCUCUGUUUUAUAUGGAGAGCUCAUGUGCCACCCUCCAGGGACUUACCCUGCUUUUCUGAACAGUUACCACUAAACGGGGGUACUUUGAGAAACUCUCUGAAUAUUACUAUAUAAUAUGCGUAAAGCAAACAAGAGCUGUCUUUAUCAUGUGUCACGAGUACCCUUAUUAGCUAUUUUUUUCCUCUUAGGUGCCAGAAUAAAGCAUAAGAAUAUUGGUAACUGGGCAAAAUAAAUAUCAAUUGGUCCCUGAAAGUCUUGGUAUAUACUUGAUUCUUCUUUACAACCCAGGCUGUGUAAAAAGAAGCCCUCAACAAGGGUUAAGGAGAGCGUGGCUGCUUCCUCCUGGCAAAGUCAGGUUUCUGUGCAGUAGGUAAGGUCAUGGCACUGACUCCUUGGGGCCUGAAAAGGGGUUCCCCGUGUGUUACCCAUUCAUACCUAAAAACUCCAAGUUUUUGAAAAGUUCUCAGGAACGGCAGCCUUAUUCACAUGGCCCAGGUGUAGGGUACAGUGGCAAUCCAGUGCCCAGACCAAGGGUCCUGGCAGGAAGAAGCACUAGUCUAGGGCUUAUAGUCAGGCUGGGGAGGAGGUGAUGGACAUGGCCAAGGGGUGAGAGAGCAACUCAGGAGAAGAUGCGCUCCAGCCCCUUAUUUCAUAGAUGGAGAAACUGAGGCCCAGAGAGAAGAAGGGACUUACUUCAGGGCACUUAUGUAGUGGAACGAGCAUUAGCAAUCCUGCUAAGAUCCUCUUACCAUUGCUGCUGACAUGCCCCCUCGGGGCAACAUCUCCCCAGCCAGCAGGCACCCUCCAUGGUUCAUCCAAAACACCUCAUGUCAGUUGAGUCAUCCCGUGAUCCCUCUUGGGUUGCAUUUGAGAAUUGUACUGAGAAGACUGACUGACUACCAAGAGAGGUUAUGCCCUUUUUUUUCAGCUGGUUAGAUUCUCAGUAGAUAGCAAUAAAAGAGCUAUUUAAAUAGGCUGUCUAUUUUAUUCCUACAGUUAGUGACUCAUAUACAGUAAUACUUGUUAUCAUAUUACUGGAGCCAAUCAAGUUUUCUCCAGACUUAUAUUCCACAGCAGAGAUGCAGGGAGAUUAUCCAACAAGUUCUUUAUUGCUUCUUCUGAAAGCAAGAAGUGCCCUGGAUGACUCUACACAUGUACAAGCAAGUAUUUCACACAAAUGACACUGGUUACUCUUUGAGGUAACUUCUUUAACUAAGUAUGUUUUGAAAGAAUUGGGGAAAAUCAAACUAUUUCGCAUCAAUCCAUCUUUACUUUUUUAGAAAAUGCUUUUAUUUUAUAUCCUUUAAAUACAUUCUCAUCACACCCUGGGAGCAACGGAUUUAGCUCACUCAGAUUAGAAAAUGUCCACUGUAUACCCCAGUUAGCAAAACCAGUGCUCACUGUCACACAAAACACCCAAAGGGGAGUCAUUUUCUCAUAGAACAAGUCUGGCUUCCUUUUGUCAUUUUGAGUGAACAUGUUAGUAUGUGUCCGUGGGACAACCAUGUCACUCAUGAAUUCUAAUUCAAAAGCAGGUGGGAAGCUAGUGGGAAAGGCUGAGGUACAUGUGUACAGCACAGUUUCAAGUUCCUCUGUGAAUUUGUCACAUGGGGGACAUAAGAUGCUGCCGCCAUCGGUACAAUUUAUUGACACUCUUUGCUUUGUCCAAAGAGACUCUUAGGAAAGCUGCAUUCUCGGAAAAUAAUGGAGAUGGAAGAGGUGAAGUCAUUAUAUUUUCAUCAGACAAAAAUUGUCAAAACUUGCCACUCCACUCUAUAGUAUAUCUGAAGUCAGAUCAUCCCAACACAGGCUGAACACCAUGCUUCACCUUAACAAGAAUAUAUAUAAAAAGGGAGAAACUCAGAUCUCCAGCUUGGGUCGGUGGUCCUUGAUUAAAGGAGUAACCCCUUCCAGGAAGAGUUUGUAUUGUCCCUUUAUUUGGCACUAGAGGUUUUUACACCAGGGCAAAGCAACUGAGUGAAGUGAGAGAAAGCAGCAGAGGAAAGACAGUAGUAAGUGAACUAUUGGCCUGAUGCCCGGAUUACAGGCAUCUUCUCUGAGGACUGGUUUUCUCAAAUAACAUCCUGAAGCUAGGGAUUGGAAAACUGAUUCUCUUCAACUUAGCUAUCCUCCAGUUUGAAGACUUUCAGAGAGAUCCUCACAGGUACUGAUAAAAGGCCAUGUGCCAAGUCCACUUGCUUCAGAAGACAGACAGGCUAAGGAAAGUGACAGAAGCAGGGAUAGGAUGAACUUGUUAGUUGUUAGGAUGGAUGCUCCUUGCAACAUUGGAAUAGCAGAAAUGUAAAACCAAUGUAAAUGUUCAUUGGUGGGGCUGGGGUGGUUAAAAUAAAUGAGUUAUAUGCCUGUACACACAUGCAGCUUGGAGCUAUUAUGUUGCACGGUAGACAAUUUUCAAGUGCUACAUAUACAGUAUUAUGUUAAAAAAUAGUGUUUACAAAAUACGUACUAAAAGCAUAAAAACAUGGACAGAAGCAUCCAAGCGUAUGCUGGAAGGGAGUGACAACUAUAUUUGUAACGUGUUUUCUUUUCAAAAGAGCAGCUCAGUACUAAAAUGAUCAUCAUAUUUCAAGAGGAAACAAAGAGACUGAGUUUUAAAUAUGUGCCCUGUGCAACAAACAGUCAGGCUUUAGAAUUCCAAUUUGGCUUUUGUGGGAGAAUAAACCACAGGAGCUGACCUUUCACCUAGGACACCCCAGCUGCCCCAACUACAGGUUUAGGAGAAUUGCCAUCUUGGGAGGAGCUGAGUCUAGUUAGAGUGCUUAUCCCUAUGACUGACUCUGCAAAGUCAUCCCUGAUUUUUGUUUUUAAUGAAAUUUGACAAAUAAAGUAUGUGCAUGAAGGCUCCUAUAAAAUGGCCUUAAUUUGUGCUUAGGAAUGCAUAAUUUUAUCAGGGUCUCUGUAAUUAGAUAUUGUGCAAUAGAAUCAAAAGCAAACACUGCUUGUUCCAUGGCAACAACGGCCUUCAGUACAUCGCUAUCUUUGAGAUAAUGAAGGUUUCCAUAGAUACACGUAUCACAUGGGAUUUUUUUAAAAUAGAUAUCCAAGAAGAAAAUGAAAGUUUCCCAAUUGGUUUUCCCCUAUUUUUAAGGGUGAGCGUAUGAAUGUGUAUUUUGUUCUCGUCUUUUUCUAUUGCCUCCUGGAUUUGGGUCUUCUCUUCCUUUAUCUGUCUGAACUGUAAAGGCAGAUGCUAAAGUUUUCAUAAUCCUAUAGAUCAACUUCAAUACUUAAACUUGUGUUUGGUGUCAAGGGCUUAUCUUCUAAGAAGAGAAAAAGGAAUUAAGAUUGUGGUCACUUUCUGCAUAAGGACUGAAGAAAAGUUUGCUGGAAUGUGGUCUGUGUUUAACAGAGAGAGCGCACUGACGUGCCAGGACAUGGAUGAGAGAGCAAGCUUCUAGAAGGCAAGGAGUGUCCUCAGUCAUCCUGUGACCCCUAGUGUCUAGCAUUGAGGACACACAGUAGGUGCUUAAUAAUCAAGUCCCUGCUGAUUAGCUAAUCAUAUAAAGGGAAGACAGCAAUGUUCAUAAUUACUAAGAAGUGCCCCUCAAGGUACACCAUUGCUUCUACACUAGAGGUCAGAUGCCUGUGGGAGCAGGUGGGUCACAUAAUGGGCAGGGUCGAGAUGUUACACAACAGGAAGUGGAGGGCCUGGGGUAAGCGAAGGUGUGCAUGGGCUGUCUUAAAUCAUUCAAUCCAAGCUUUUUUCAAACACCAAUUAAGCCAAAUAAAAUAUAUUCAUUUGCAUUUCUGCCUCAGCUAUGAGAAAAGCUAAUGCCAGAACUGUGUUGUUCAGUGAGAGAUGACCAAAAGGGUAAGGAUUAUUCCCUACCAGGUGCCAGUUUGGAGCAGGUCACUGUGCAGGUGGGAGUGUGGCACCUUACUAAGUAGUAAGAUUUUGGGCCAGGUCGGCUCUGUGCAGGGCCAUUCCUCAAAGCUCCAGACUCUGUUUCUCAUCAGCAUUGGUAUCUGGUUGAAAUCCAUUUGUAAAGUUCACCAAGGGCAGCCUGGUGAGGGAACAGCACGCAGCAAAGUAGCCUGCACCUGCAGAGGAAAAGGGCUUGAAGGAGGCAAGAGAGGCAAGCCCAUGUGUGUGUGGCCUGCUGGCCCUCAAAUCAUCAUCUUAAACACUAGCUCAUCGACCAAUGCCCCCUGCCCAACCCCUUGGGGUGAUUUCCUGAAGUCUGAUUAAUUGCACCACCGAAAGAAAGCCUGAUUGUUUGUACCAACUGCUUACAGAGAAACAUUUCCAUUACAGAUCCUCCUGGGUAUAAGAGUUUUGCUUUAAGAACUAUUAGCCCAAGUACCUCUUGUCGGAACACAUGGUCUCAAAUAUGUGUAGACGCUCUGCCCAAGCUACAACUAGGCUGAAUUCUGGGAAUGGUUUCUUUUAUCUCAUUCAUUUCAUUAAUUGCAUUUAAUAAUAUGAUUGGAAUUGUUGGGGCAAAGCCUUUUGCAAUUUUAUUAGCAUUAAGCAAUUUUAUAUGUGGCAGGGAGGUGUGCACCUUGAAAGAAUAUUAAAAACAUUUUAAGAGGUGAAGAAAGAUACUGAUUUGUAGUGAGAGAAGCAGAGGAAUGCAUGUUAGCCUUGUGAAUCCAGUAAAUGUCUUUGUAGAAGCAUAGAAAUCAUACCAUUCCUUGAAUUUACAGAACACUCUCUAAAUAACUCAAGAGGCAGUUACAGUGUUGUCUUACCUUCAUCUGAUCCUGAGAGAGGGAGGAGCAAUUAUAAAGCAAAGCUGUUCAGACCCCUAGGCAUCAUGGGACAGCAUUUAAGACAUCAUUGCAAAUAUUGUCCAUUUCUUCUCAAAUGUACCAUCUCCUUGGAAGCAAUUACAGUCACCUUUGUAUAUAGGAAAAAUAAAAGAACUAACGUAGUCCAUCUGCUCUUCAAAAUGAAGGAAUGUCUGGGACUCUUGAGUGCCAUCCUAGAGAUUAUGCAUUUUAUUUUAGAAUGGUGCAAAAAGCAAGCCACAGGAAAGGAUGAAUUUAAUACAGCAUACCUGCAAAGGUAAAGGGUUGAUCUCUGGCAAAUCUCAUUUGUUGUACAAUCAUCUUGAGGUAUUUAAACCCUUGCAAGUGGCAGCCUGUGCUUCCUUUGCUCAGUGAUGCAUUUUCGUGGUGGUAGAGUAGGUAGGUUGGGCAGCAUUCUCUAAUGGCUACAACUUACCUUAUCCUGUGAGGUACCAGGUACAUCUCCUUAACUACAACUAAAGAGUUCUUUUGACUCAGAAUUCAGAGAGAAGGCAGAUCCAGAUCUUUCUUCUCAGGUUGAGAAGAACCAAAGUUGCAGGUAGGGUAAACAUAGCUAUGGAGAGGUAACAUAAAUAACUAUAAAGUGCAAAUAAGUACAGGGAAAUGUUAAUGUGUAGUUCUGAGGAGAUUGCGGGUGUUCAUUACCAAUUCCUGCCUGCUGGCCUGGGGAAACCCACGGUCGAGAGCUCCCAGGGCCGAGCCAAGCCCAGCGUCCAACCAGAGCCGCCUCCCCCGUCAUCACGCCUACUCCGUUUUGUCUUCUGAUAGUCCCCUGUGUGCCUUUCUCGUUCCUGCUCUUUUAAUUACACUAUUGACUGCUCUGAUAAAGUUAAAAUCCUAAUUACAGAGGCGUCUCCACCUCACCAGCUGCAAUUGCUGAAAGAAUAAGUCACACAUUUCAUCUACUACAUUUCCGUAGCUAUAGCCCUUUCUGACCUUUGUGCUAUUUGAGAAAUUCUUGAAAAUGCUGAGGGUAUGAUUCUCCCUCCCUGGGCAUGUGCUUUGGGAAAAUGCCCACUAAAAAUGUAUUUCCUCCCCUAUGCUGGCAGCCUCCUUGCUUUAAGAAAGUGAAGAACAGCUUUCACAUGAAAUGUGUCCCCCACUUAGUAAACCAUGGGUUUACUGUUUUCUGUGUUGAAUAUCCCACUCUAGCAUCUGUGUAUUGCAGAGAAAGAACUGUGGUGCCUGGUUGGUGUUCUGCUGUUUACCUAAUUAAAAUUCACUCAUGGGGUGAAGGUGGUUAGGCAGUCUCUCCUUUGGGUACUUGGUCUUUCAUUUCACUUACAGGAACGUUUUUUUCCCUACUUAGCCCCAUACCCGCCAGCCUUUUUUUUUGGAUAUGAUAAUGGUCUAUAGUUUGUGGACACUGAAACCAUGUUUUACAAAUCAGUAAGCAAGACGUGUGGCCUGAGAAAAAAAAAGAGUAUUUUUCCUGAUUUGUACAUGUAUUUUACAGAAAGUUUCUUAAAAAUUAAAUGGGAUUUAGUUAUACAUUUGGAAAAAUCACCUUUUAAAAAGAUAAGAUCACAUAAAAUAGACGCUGCCCUAAGAAGAUGGCAAUAUAUGAACAUCCUACCUAUUACAUACACAGAGUGAAAAGUAUUAUCAGUUAUUAGACUCACAAUGUAUUUUUGCAAAAAGAAUUGCUUUGCCGAGUUUAUAUACAUGAGAGAAAUAACCACGAAACUUCAUUCUUUCAAACAUAAUGAUAAUAUGACCUUUAAUCCCAUAACCAGAAAGAACAGACAUCCCAAGUCACUUUGCUCAACUUCGGAAGAGGAAUGAGCUGAUUGGUUGUUUCAGAAUUACUGUUCUCAAACCCUAGAAAGAGUUUAUCCUGCUUACGAAGUAAGCAUUUUUCCUCCUCAGUAAUUGUUUGCUGUUCAGACCAAACCUGUAAUCACUGUUAUCUAAUAGUUUUAAAACAUGCCAUACACUAUUUGCAAGGAGUUUUUUCCAUCUUCUUUCUCCCCAGAUUUGUAGUAACCAGGAAUGAGUAGGGUUUUUCUCUGUGACUAUACUUCUAUGAAAAGAAUUUGAUACUUCUUUCCCUUAUGUAUGGGAAAGCCUCAAUUUCAGCCUAUAACCAUGAUUUUAUGGGGAUUGUAAAAGAGAGAAAAAACCCUCCCAGGAAAAACCCUUCCGGUCAGAGUGAAUCAAACCAUCAGAAAAUUCCAUGCAUCCUUCCCAGGGUCAAGUCUAAAACUGUAAUGAAAAGAAUUCCAUACACAGGUAGGGAUCUAAGAGCCAGGAAGAGAUGGAACGUACAAACAUCUUCCUGCAAUUUGAUUUUGGCCCCUGAUACUAUAUAAAUGUGCAAGCUGGACCACCAGAGAAAAAUAGGGCUGGGAUUCUAUUUGGGACAUGUGCUUCUGCAUAGACAAAGAAAACUGGGAAAAUUUGAGCCAAAAGCAAGAACAUAGACAUUCCUUAGGAGGGGCCGACCAAGGGGGAAGGGACUGUUUACUUCUCAGGAAGUUAUGAAAUCUCAUAUGUAAAACACAGUCAUAUUUUUGUUAUUACUUGAUUUAACACUCCAGGAAACUUAGCCCAAGCCAGCUGUGACUCUCAAGCUGCCCUGCUCAUUAAAAUUUCCCCUUCUGAUUCAGACCCCCUUCUAUCGUUACUGGACAUAGCCUAGCCCAUUGUCCCUAAGUCGACUCCACAUAAUUCAGGAAUGUGCCUGUUCAGUGCUCCCAAGAAGUUUCUUUUUAAUAAUAUAUUUUAUAUCUACCAAAGUAAAAAUCUAUCAUAGAAAAUUUGGAAUGCAAAAGAAAAAAUACAACGUAAUUCUAUCACCUGUUCAUUGUGCCACUGUUAACACCUUAGUGAUAUAAAACUGUUAAGUGUUUUUUUAAGCACUCAAACUAAUGCUGAAGAUAGUGAGAGCAGAGGUGUCCAGACACUCUCCCUGAGGGCAAAGGCCCUUCUCUGUCCUGGUGCCCUGUGUGAGCCUCAUCCACAAACCCAGAUUUUCAGAGGAAGAGGAAGGCAACACUCUAAAAUGGGUCCAGGAAAGAAGAAACGUGUUAAUACUUUUUGUCAAGCAGCAACUAUAAAAUAUAAUUCUCAGUUAUGACCUUUUUCUAGAAUUGUCCAGAAAUGUGAGAAAUAUGUUCAUAAGAUGAUUUGAGGGCAGGGGUUGAAGAGAAGGUGAGAUGUUUCUGGGACUCCACACAGAAGAUAUGUGUACUUAAAAUUCUGUGGCAUAUCUUUAGCACCCAUGGCAGGAAGAAGUCUGCUUGGGGAAGUGGGCUCCAAGCAGAUGAGCCAAGCCCCAAGCUAUCUGAAAAGGGGCUACCUUCCCUAUUUGAUUCCAGGUGGGGUACAGUUUGCAGAAGGGGAGCGGAGAGGCCAGGGUGUUUGGUGUCUAGGCCCUUAUAUCCCGCCAGGGCCUGUACAUGGACCAAAUGUCCCUGCACAGAGCAGCGCCCAUAAACAGAUUACAGAAGUACCAUUCGUUAAUCCCAAAACAGUUUUCUGUCAUUUAAUUAGAAAAUUCAUCUUAUUUUGCCUCCAGGCCUUGUAGCCUUAUUACAUUUGCACAUAUUUCAAAAUGUUUCAAGUACUGACCAGAUAACAUUAAUGAAUAUAUUAGAUAGGCAAACGCUUUUAAACAAAAAGUAAUGAACAUACUGUGUGUAUAUAUAAAAAAAUGUUAAUUCCGUCUGGAGCCAACCAGGUAAUUUUCCCUUCAGCAUUUUUUCAGUCAGCUAAGACAGGUUGGCCUAGGAGUGCAGUCAGCCUGUCUGCAGACUCUGGCUUGACUUGCAUACCAGGGUCAGAUUUUCUUCAGAAACAGACAGCAAGAGGAUCUGAUUGGCUCCGGUCCAGAGCAUGCUCACAAGGGCUUCUUUGAUGAAAGGGUUCUUGGUAAGUACUGUACCAAAAGCAGCCUGCCACCCUCCUUUCAAAGAUACCCAUUUAGACUAAUUCCCAGAAAGGGAAAAAGGGGGGAGAAAAAGAGAGAGGGAGGGGAGGAGAACGAGAGAGCGAGCUGAACUCUAUGGGAUUACCGCAAGAAUAAUUACGCUCCCUGGCAUAAAGAAGGGGGAAAAGUUAUUACAAGUAAACUGCUGGAUGUUGAAGUAGCUGGUUGGCAACUCUGCAAGAACAUAAGGAAUGUGCAAUUAAGCUCAUUAAAACAUCAUCAUUAUACUUAUCAGUCUUUGUCCAAAAGGGGUGGAGUGGGGCAGUGUGUUAAGGCAUGACUGCUUUUGCAGAUAAAGAUUCAGGGCUAGCUCCUUGCUGCUUUCAGCAAAUAAAAUCAGCUAUUCAGUUCCACGCAGCACUUACAGCUCAGCCGUCUGGCUCCACCUCACACAGGACUGGGGCCUGAACUCCCAGAGAGGCAUCUGGGAGGCUGGUUCCUCUCAGAAGGCCCACUUCCUUUUGAUACGAUCCCCAUCAUAUAGGCAAGCCUUUAAUAAGCACGUACUUCAUGCCCAACCCUGGUGUUUGGAGAAAUUCGGAAAUAUUCUAUUUAAUGUGAGCUUCAUCUGGGAGGGUAAGAUUCAGUCAUUCGUUCAGUAGGCAAAACAUGCAUUGAGAGGCAGCCAAUGUAGAAAGUGGACUUUCCCAAGAGGGCAAUCUUGGCUAGGUGCUGUGGGGACAGGGUGGCCAAGGAGGUCCCCACCUUCACCGUCAGCAGAGAGAUAGUCAAGUGCAAUUUCAAGGGACACAGAACUGCUAUGUGACAAGUGCUGGGAGGGGAAAGGCCAAGGUGCAGUGGGGAGCAAAGGGUACAUGCACCACUACAGACACAACUUGCUCAUUUCCCACAUUAAAUUUUAAGCUCCUUGAGCUUUUUGUCUCUCUUUUGUUUCCAUUUUUUCUCUUUCUUUGCGGCUGUUAUACCUUAAUGGCAUUUUAAUAUGAACAUAAUUUUCUUGAUGAAAAUCAGUCACAUACAAAAAAAAUGAAAAUCAUCUGUCACCUGACCACCCAAAGACGUCCACUCUGGCAUUUAGAUGCAUUUUCUUUUAAUCUUGUGUUUUUAUUUUUGUUCUAUACAAAAUCAUGUAAGUGAAAUUUUUUUUUUUUGCUUUUUCCCUUUGAUAUAAUGUGAGCUUUUUCCAUGCCAUUAAGUAUGCUUCAAGCCAUUGUUCAGAAUGUCUGCACAGCUUAACUCAUCUAGUAUUGCUGGACAUUUUGUUUGUUUGUAAGGUUUUGCCAUUAUAAAUAAUAUUGACCUGAGCAUCUCUGUAUGUAAGAAUUGUCAGUUAUUUCAUAUUCCCACAGUUAUUUGCAAAUAGCAUGAAUGCAAUAACCACCUGUCAAAGGAAAGCCACAUAAUACAAAGCGGAGUGUAACUAGAGGGGCCCACUCUGUGAAACUGAUAAAUGUGGAGCGAGGAGUUUGCUAGGGAUCAGCAUAAGCAGGAAGGUUCAUAGAGGUGGUGAGGUGGUCCAAUUUUUCAGUCUUGUAUUACUGCAGAUUGUCUCAAAACCCCCAGCUUGCAUUUUCUUCUUAGCAUCUGUAAGAAGCACCCUUUCUCUCUACCAGCUCGGUCACCAUCACCCAUGUCUGCACUACAUCUCUACUUCAAUAAUCCACAAAUGUCUCUCUGCUUCAGGAUCACCCAGGAUGUGAGUUAAAAAGGUAGACCCCAUCCCAGACCUGCUUAAGUAAAAUCUGUGGGGUGGGGUCCAGGAAUCUCCAUGUUUAAAAUAUGCAUGUUUAAAACAGAGCUAAUUCUAGUGCUAGGGGACCAAAGAUAUCAGAGGAAGUGCUGGCUGCCGCAUAUUCCUGGACACACAGUGGUCAAGAGCGAGGGCAGAGGGGUGCGGACUCACACCCUGGCCCUGCCAUUCAUCACUGUGGCUUUGGGCUAGUCACUUUGCUUACUGGACCUGUUUCCUCAUCAGUACAAGGAAGAUAAAAAUAGGAAAUCCUUCCAAGAAGGGUUGUAAGGAUUAACGAAGUGUUUAAGACCGAGGUGCGGAGCCCAAGCCAAGACCAGUUCCACUGAACCAGUUUUUGGUAGUUGUCACUAUUGUUCACAUGCUUCAUUUCUGUUUAAACAUGAGCAGCAUGUAGGCGUCCUUCCUUAGCCUUUUGUGUUGGCCAACACCCUGAUUUGCAAAGUGACCUCAGAGAUCAGUGACCCUGCAAGGCUCUUGCUGUGACCCCUGCCAUGCCUUCCCGAAGGUGCCUUCUCUACUUCCCUAGGCCUCCGGGUUCAAGGGCUGCAGCAUCUGAUUGGCUGAAAUGCAUCUUUGGUUGGGAGCCAAGUUUAGCUAAGGUGGGAGGGAAAGAUAAGCCUGAGGAAAUGCUGACGUGCAGAGGUGUGACUAGAGGAACACCAGUCCCUUCCAGGACAGCGGGAGCCAGCUUGAACUUUAAUUCCUAGUUUGAUCAAGGUAGUGUAAAAAUGGACCCCAAAGGUCUUUAGAUGGAAAACCAGGUUUUAGGUUUCACAUAUUAGCUGUAGUUAAAGCCAAAUGUUCAUUCCUCUCAAAUUGUGUGGGUGGAUCACUUUUCUCCCACUGUUGAAGUAUCAUGUUUUUAGCUGCUAAUAAACUUAAUAAAAUCCAUUUCUUAUUUCCCCUAGUGUAUUGGGCUUGUUCACAUGCAUGGCUGAACCAACCGUUUAGUGACACUGUGUUAGAAAGUAUUUUUGUUGGUAACAGACAACAGACACAGUUCAACUGCAAAACACUUCUCAAAAAAGCUUCUUUUCUCCAGCUUCAAGCUUGCAAAGAGCCACUUGAAUUCAGGGAAUCCUCCCAGUCAACCAUAACACCUACACAAAGUAUGAAGGAAUUUUGUUUUAUUGGUUCAAGAAGCAGAUUCAAAGGAACGGCAUGCUUUUCUACUCCCACGGAAGCUCCCACCUGUCCCGCCCCCCAAACUCCCAUUGCACUAAUGGCCACAUUUCCUCACUGUUGCAGCACUCCGGGGGUACCUGGGUCAGAGGACUCAGGGUGCAUUUCCAGGGUCUAGGCAACCCCAGAUAUGCUGAAAAUGUUUGGUGAAUGAAUGUGGAUGCUGUACUCAAGCAAAACAAACACAAAUGCACUUCUGAGAAGUGGGAUUGGAAAACAAUAUGGGGAAAACGGGAACCUUCUAAGCCUGGGGUUGCAAAAAGGUAGAAAUGAGGAAGGGGGAUGGUGAAGAUAGAAACAACGAAAAAUAUGCAUAUGUCCACAUGAAGAAAGAGAAUCUAGGGAGGUGGCAAUAGGUGUUGGGCAGUUUCUAAAUUAUGUUCUAAAAUUUCCAAAGGUGACUGUUGAGACUGUCAUGGUGCAUUAUGUUUGUGGUAUGUUGAUGAUUGGCAUGUAUGUGUUGGAGUAGGGACAGAUACGAGAUUUUAUUUGCAGGGAAGCCAAAAAGUUGGAAACAAUCCCGAUGUGUGUUAAUCCAUAAUAGUGAUUAAGUUCCCAUUUGAUUUAAGAAUGCAGAAAUAGGGCAGAAUGCCUCGACAGUCCUGCUAUACUUCAUGAUAGGUGAACCAAUUUUGCAUGUGAGCAUCAAUUUUCCUUUUUCUAUUUUUAAGGUUACUCAGGUUUAUGGAUACCAUGCCUCUAAAUCUUAAGGAAUCUGCUGCUUUUUUUUUUUUCUUUAAACAAAGUGACCAUGAGAUCUCUGCUGUUCUGUAAGGUGAACAAGUAGGAAAUUACAAUGCCAUGCCCAUGUUUGCUCCAGUGAUCACCUUGGAUUGUGUGGGGCUUAUCUCCUGGUAUAAUCAGCAUGGCUUCCUUAGACAGAGCUGUCUUAAAAACCCAGAUCUACUGAUAAGAUUUGUUUUAAUUUCAGUCUAACAGCUUUAGGAUUACCCCUCAAGACUAUAAUGUCAGGCUUUUGUACAAAGAAGGAGCUUACACAAAACUCCCAUUAUAAUAGUGUCUUGAGGGGGCGGUGGUGGUGGGGCUUGUUUGGUUGAUUGAGUUAUGAUUGUAUAGGGAACAAAUAAAGGCUUUCUUUCCUGAAACAUAACGGGUAUGUCUUACUCUACCUAAUAAUGCCACGUAUUCUUUAAAAAAAAUAUUUACACAGCCUGGCAUUAUUCUUAAUGUCCAUGCAUGUGUUACCUCUAAGUUGAAAUCCAGUUUUAAUCCCUGUAAGCUAGAAAAAUAAGUUUGAUUCUACACAACUGAGUUUUGAAACUUGAUUCUGUUGCUGUAUUUAUUACCAUCGAUGGUUGGCGUCUCCCUUUCUUUCUUCUUCUCUCUCUUUCUCUCUCUCCAUCUAUACAGUUGAUCCUUGAACACAGGUUUAAAUUGCACAGUCCACUUAUACACAGAUUUUUUUGCGAUAAACAUAAUUUUUUGGUAUUUUGCCACAAUUAAAAAAAACAUUUUCUCUAGCUUUAUUCUAAGAAUACAAUAUAUAAUACAUAUAACAUACAACAUAUAAUAACUAUUCAUGUCAUCAGUAAAGCUUCUGGUCAGCAAUAGGCUAUUAGCAGUUAAGUUUUUGGGGAGUCAAGAGUUAUAUGAGGAUUUUCGACUGCAAGGGGGGUUGGGGCUCCAAACCUCACAUUGCUCAAGGGUCAAAUGUAUACGAAUUAAAUUGACUAGAUGUACAUAUGUAUCUACCUCUCUAUAUGUGUGUAUCUAGACACAUGCAACAAUUUCAGGCAUGCUAUAAGAAACUAUCUUAUUUUGUUUUCUGGGCAUCUACUCUGUGAUCUCAAUAAACUCCUUUACACUGAACUGAUUUACUGCAGACCUGGACUAUGCUCUCUGCUCUCUGCUGCCUUCUUCCCCAAAGUCAAAUGGCUGUUCUUCAACAGUUGUUGCACUAGAUACAUUACAGUUUUACUUAUAGAUUAUCUUUAAAGUCUCCUGUAAAUAAAAUGGAUUGGAACGUUUUGGUGCUGGGUUUCGGCUCAGGGGCAACAACUACUGAUGCAUGGAUGCUGUCAGUUUAGUUUCUCUGGCAUGAAGGGCUGUAGGCACGUUCUCCUAGUGGCACUCACAGGGCAUGCUGGAGCGGAUCGUCCUGCAGCUAGUGUUCCAGAUACAGCUGCAAGGUAAAAAGGGUGGAUGAGUACAUAAAAAGAACAAAAAAGUGAAAUCAGAGGUGAAGUUAAACAAAACUAGACUGAGAACUUUUUUUUCCUGAAAUGGAAAACAGCAAUUCUGGAACAGAAAAAGGGAGGUUCCUCCAAAUUGGAAUGGAGCCAUAGUGAUGGCUUUUUAAAAUGAAUUUGAAAUGACUUUGGCCCUGAAUUAGGCAGUGAGGGCUUUCUGAGUUCUCUGAAUCCAUCUUUAAACAUAGUUAGGUCCUGCAAAUAUAUUUGGGCAGGAGAUUUGAAUUAGGAUAUUAAAACUUCAACAGGACUAAUUUUAAUCAGCUAAUUUGGCAUUGCAAAAGCACUUCAGGUCAUUGUAAUUAUGCAAAGAAUAUGCCAUCAUUAGCUCUCAAUAGGCAAAUUUCUCAUUAAUAUCUACCUGGAAUAGAAUUGAUAAAUGUGAGGCUAUCGUUGCCUGAAAAUGAACAUUUUUCACUUGAAAAUGUGGCUGCCUUUCACUCCCAGCUGUUCCCAGAAUUGGUAUUAGGGCUGAGCCUGGACAGCAGUGCCCUGGAAAUUAUAGGACCACAUCUCACACACAUAUAAUGGAUCAAGACAUUUAAAUACCACUGAUCCAGCCCAUGAAAACCAAAAGAUUUGGGGGAAGGCUAAUUCUGGUUUUUUUUGAAGAAAUUAAGAGUCACAGCUAGAGGACAUUUGGCAUAGCCCUACCCCACCCUCCGGCACCACAAACUCUGUACCCAGACAGGGCCUGCCACUUGGCACCUGGCUCAGAAACCCAUUAGCUGUGCCACUUUGGUUAGUAGAGAAUGAAUGACUGAGCAUGUGGCCUCUUGGUAGACUGUCAGUGUAUCACUGGCCUUUGCUACAAGUCUCACAUCCAAGCAUAAUUUUACUCACCCCUCCUGCACUAAGGUGC